AUGAUCUGGAACAAGAAGUCCCCACUCGCUACAAAUCAGAUCAGGUUCAAAACACUGGAAUCCAUCAAGCAGUCCUACAGCAGUCCUACAGCAGCAGACCUACAGCAGUCCUACAGCAGUCCUACAGCAGCAGACCUACAGCAGUCCUACAGCACACAUACAGCAGACAUACAGCAGACAUACAGCAGACCUACAGCAGACAUACAGCAGUCCUACAGUAGACCUACAGCAGUCCUACAGCAGUCCUACAGCAGACAUACAGCAGACAUACAGCAGACAUACAGCAGACCUACAGCAGACCUACAGCAGUCCUACAGCAGUCCUACUGCAGUCCUACAGCAGCAGACCUACAGCAGUCCUACUGCAGUCCUACAGCAGCAGACCUACAGCAGUCCUACAGCAGACAUACAGCAGACAUACAGCAGACAUACAGCAGACCUACAGCAGACAUACAGCAGUCCUACAGUAGACCUACAGCAGUCCUACAGCAGACAUACAGCAGACAUACAGCAGACAUACAGCAGACCUACAGCAGACCUACAGCAGUCCUACAGCAGUCCUACUGCAGUCCUACAGCAGCAGACCUACAGCAGUCCUACUGCAGUCCUACAGCAGACCUACAGCAGUCCUACAGCAGACAUACAGCAGACAUACAGCAGACAUACAGCAGACCUACAGCAGACCUACAGCAGUCCUACAGCAGUCCUACUGCAGUCCUACAGCAGCAGACCUACAGCAGACCUACAGCAGACAUUCAGCAGACAUACAGCAGACAUACAGCAGACCUACAGCAGACAUACAGUAGACCUACAGCAGUCCUACAGCAGUCCUACAGCAGACCUACAGCAGUCCUACAGCAGUCCUACAGCAGUCCUUCAGCAGUCCUACAGCAGACAUACAGCUGUCCUACAGCAGACCUACAGCAGUCCUACAGCAGUCCUUCAGCAGUCCUACAGCAGACCUACAGCAGUCCUACAGCAGACCUACAGCAGACCUACAGCAGUCCUACAGCAGACCUACAGCAGUCCUACAGCAGUCCUACAGCAGACCUACAGCAGUUCUACAGCAGUCCUACUGCAGUCCUACUGCAGUCCUACAGCAGUCCUACAGCAGCGUCUGUAUCACGAGCUUUGGUGCCUACUUUUAUCCACUUGGGCCGACACGUCCUGA